AUGAACAAAAAGCCGCCAUUGCCGCUGACGGCCUAUUUAGGCGGCAGCGACAACAACACCAUCAAUACGAAUUCGAAUGCUUCGAAUGGCGCCGGUGGUAGCAUCCAACGAGGAGCCAAUGCUGGUGCUGGUGGUGCUGGUGGUGGUGGUGGUGCACGCAACAGUGCCUCCCUAUGCUUUGCCAGCAGUGGCUCUAAUAGUGCCCAAGGCGUCAGUGGAAGCAGUGGCACUACUGGUGGCACCACAUCCAAGGCAGAAAAACAACGCGAUGCUGGCACUGCUGGUGGAACCGGAGGCGGUGGCAGCCUCUGUGGCUGUCAGAAAGCCCCCAAAUCGCAUUGCAUAUCAGCGACAGGUGUACUGCUGUUGGUGCUGCUGUACACGGCCAUGGGCUCAAUUAUCUUUGUUACCUUGGAGGGGGAGAUUGAAGAUGCGAAUGCACUCGAAACAGCAGUGGCGGCCUCCAAACCAUAUCCACGCACCGAGCUGGCCAAUGCGGAAAUACGUUCGAGAACUGUCGAUCGCUUAUGGUCCAUCACAGAGGAUCUGAAUAUACUCUAUAAAGAGAACUGGACGCGCUUAGCGGCGCAGGAGGUGCAAUUAUUCCAGGACACCCUACUGCGAGCCGUGCGUCAAUCGAAAAUUUAUCAACCUGGCGGCUUGCAAAUGAAUGCACCGACGCACAAAUGGACCUAUGCCUCAGCGUUUCUCUACUCCCUGACAUUAAUUACAACGAUAGGUUACGGCGGCAUUUCGCCAAGGACACAGUGGGGCCGCAUUGCUGCGCUCCUCUACGCACUGUUCGGCAUUCCCAUUGUGCUGUUGUAUCUGUCCGCGAUGGGCGAGGCCUUGUCCGCCGGCAUGCGCUGCCUCUUUCGACGCUCGCGUUCCAAGAGCAGCGUCAGCAGCGGCAAUGCGACCGCAGCAGGCGGGUCCGGCUCGCGAAAGGGAGACAAAGGUGGUGCUGGCAAGAGCGGCCACUAUGGCCACCAGCAUUCCAGCAAGCUCCAUCCGUACGGACUGCCGCCCUCCGUCUACCAACAGCAGCAACAGCAGCAGCAGCGCGAGCAGCAGGGUAAAAUGAAGAGUGGCACUGGAGGCAGCGAAAGCGGUGGCAAUGGGAAUCGUGCGGCUUCACCCAGCGUUCCCAUCUCCGUAUGUGUGUGCGUGCUGCUCUGUUAUAUCACCAGCGGCGCUGUACUCUUUCAUAAGCUGCAGAACUGGAGCGUACUGGAGUCCCUAUACUUCUGCUUCACCUCGCUGGGCACCAUUGGGUUCGGUGAGUUGGCGCCCAGUGGCACAGUGACCCUCUACACCGCCAGUGUGUACAUACUGGUGGGCAUGGCAGUGGUCGCCAUGUGCUUCAGUCUCAUUCAGACGGAGAUUGUGAUGUGGUUGCGAAAAUUUAGCGUGCAGGAUCAUGUAAUGCCCAAAGCUGAGGAAGUGGCACUCGUUUCGGUCGCGGUCACGCCCAAGCCCUCCUGACAACGACCCAACGCCGAAAUGUUGGCCGGCGCUGGCGGUGCUGGCGGCAGCACCUCUGCCAAUGCUCAAAGCAACAGUUUGGCUCAUCAUCAGACAAUGUUCUUUGGACCGGCCCACACGCUCACCCAAUACAGCUCCCUGCCGCGUCGCAGUCAUAUGCAUAGCGGGGGAGCUGCCACGGCCGCGGCCGCUGCCGCUGCCGCUGGUGGUGGUGGUGGUGGUGUUGGCGGCAUGGUGGGUGGUUCAUCAUCCGCUUUUCAGCGCAACACCCCCAUACGCCGCUCCACGGGCAUACCGGAGCACCACAUGGAAUAUUUCGUGCCGCGCAGCAUUAGCGAAUUCAACUUGAGCGGCGUGGGAGAUCUGGCACUGCCACCACCACGACGCUACUCCCCCAGCAAUAUGGGCAUGGGCAUGAGCAUGGGCAUGGGCAUGGGUAUGGGUUUGCCGCAUGGCUUGCAGCUGGGACCGCCACAAACGUUGAUUUGCGGAGCACCGCCGCCACCACCACCAGCCCAGCUGCAGAUUGUGACGCUGAAGCCACGGAGCGAGAAAAUGGUCACCUUCGAGGAUGAGUCCAAGGCGGCAGCGAGUGGUGCCAGCGCUGCAGGGGGUGCCACUAUGCAUUGCCCGCACGGUAUUCCCACCACGCCGCGCAAAUCCUCAAAUGCAGCUCUUUUGGGCGCCGGCCCAGGUGCCGAUAUUUUCAUGUGA